AUGGAAGAAUUCGAGGACAAAAUAUUUAUAAAAGACCUCGUAGUUCAUACCGUCCUUGGUGUAAACUCUUGGGAAAGAGUAGAAAACCAACCCAUAAUAGUUAACAUUACAAUUUUCGCAAAUGUCACAAAAGUUGGCGAAACUGAUUUCAUCUUACCACAGUCGAUAAACUACGCGUUUGUAUGCGAAAAGGUGCAAAAGUUCGCCGCCGAAACGUCAGACUACAAGUCUAUCGAAGCAUUUGCAGACGGUGUUGCUAAAAUUUGUAUCGUAGAAUGUAAUGCCCCAAAGGUUACGUUAAGUGUCGAAAAACCUCGUGCGUUGUUGCACGCGUCUUCUGCCGGUGUGAGAAUUACGAGAACGAAACAAGAUUAUAAUCUGGCAAAAGACUCGGAGGAUUCUGCAUCGAAAUUGUCAUCGUUGUCUACUGUGCGCGAGAAAGAUACUAUUUUUGUUAAAGAUUUGAGACUUAAUGCGAUUAUUGGUGUUGAUCCUUGGGAACGUGAAGAGAAACAAACAGUUGUUUUUUACUUGAUUAUUUAUCCGAAUGUUUCAAUUAGCACAUUUUCGCAAGCUCAUAUUCCGAGGUCACAUAAUUUUAUCACGACUGUAAGAACGAUUUCUAAGUGUGUGGAAGAAUCAAAUUAUAAAACAAUAGAAGCCCUGGCAGCAGCUGUUGCUAAAGUAGCAAUAGUCGAAUGUCAUGUCAACAAGAUUUCAGUACGUGCUGAGAAACCAAGCGCAUUAACACUCGCAAAUUCGGCAGGCGUAGAGAUUACAAGAAGUAGAGCCGACUUUUAUCUGCCACGAUUAGAUUCUGUAAAACAAAAUGAUAUUAUUGCUAGUAAUAUUGGAUAUAAUCAUUUGGUGUUCAUUGCACUAGGAACAAAUUUAGACAAUACUAUUGAUAAUAUUAAUCAAGCGCUACGAGCAUUAGAAAUAAAGGGUAAUUGUAAAGUAUUGGAUACUUCGUUUUUGUAUGAGACUAUACCGAUGUAUGUUACUAACCAGCCAAGAUUUUUGAAUGCUAUGUGUAAGGCUGUGACUGAUUUAAAUCCUGAAGCCCUGCUUCAAAAACUUAAAGCGAUUGAAAUAGAUAUGGGAAGAUUUGAUAAUUCCACCAUAAGAAAUGGUCCAAGAAUCAUCGAUUUAGAUAUAAUCUUUUAUGAUGACAUUGAAUAUUCUUCGCCUACUCUAAAAAUACCGCAUCCGAGAAUAACCGAAAGGGAAUUUGUAUUGAGACCUUUAUGCGAUAUUGCCAAAGAAUUCGAGCAUCCAAAACUGUUUAGACCUUGCAGCCGUUUGCUCAGUCAAUUGCUGAAAUCGCCCGACUACGUGCCAGAAGCAAACAAUAUAAACAAAGUGAUAUUUAUUCGUGAAACACAAUGGAUAUGGAAAUCUAAAACAUUUAUAAUGGGUGUAUUGAACGUCACUCCUGAUUCUUUUAGUGAUGGUGGAUUGUAUAAUACGAUUGAUAAGGCCGUUGCGCAAGCCGAGAAAUUAAUUGCUGAUGGCGCAGACAUAAUUGAUAUUGGUGGGAUGUCGACAAGACCCGGCGCUGAUGAGAUUACGGCAGAAGAAGAAUUGUCGCGAGUAUUACCUGUUAUUCGUGCAAUUAGAGAAAAAGGCAUCACUGAUAUACCUAUCUCAAUUGAUACCUUUCGGGCUGCAGUAGCUGAGAAAGCGAUAGAGUGUGGCGCUGAUUUCAUUAACGACGUAUCUGGUGGAACACGAGAUCCCGAAAUGUAUUCAAUCAUGGCAAAAUGCAAUGUACCCGUCUGUCUUCAACAUAUGCGUGGGACCCCAAAAACAAUGGGUAAACUAAGCAAUUAUGACAAUGUAAUUACAGAUAUUUGUCGUGAACUUGGAGAGUGUGUCAAUUCAGCCCUUAAAGCUGGUGUGAAACGAUGGAAUAUAAUAAUCGAUCCUGGUAUUGGAUUUGCAAAAAAUUAUGAACAAAAUUUUCAAAUUUUGCGAAAAUUGCCCGACAUCAUCAGCGAGAAGAGUCCACUCAAAGGGUUUCCUUGCCUUGUUGGACCUUCUCGGAAGAGAUUUAUCGGGUGGGCGAAUCAACAAGUUGAAGCGCAGGAUCGUGUGUGGGGUACUGCUGCUGCGUGUACUGCUUCUAUCAGUGGUGGUGCGAAUAUUUUGAGGGUGCAUGAUGUUACGCAAAUGUUGGAGGUUGUUAAAGUUGCGGAUAAAAUUUGGAGAAAGACAUAG